CAGGAAGUGAAUUGUCUAUUUCAUUUAAUUCCACACUUAAACAAUGACGCAGGUUCAUGAUGUAGUACUCAGUGUUUGCGGAGGCCUACUGGUAACUGUAAGACAAACAGAUGAAUCUUUUCCAACUUAAAGUCCAGUCACUGGGAAAACUGGUAGCUGUACAUUGUUGAGGAGAUGAGAGGUGACAAAACAUUAUCCAUAUGGUAGCACUAGCUGAACUUUGUCAAGAGUCAAUACAGAUUAGUUCCUGAUGCAGUAAUUGAGAAGCAUCCAUUGUAAAUUAGGUGGAAAUCCUUAGAUUACUCUCCUGGCCACUCCCUGGCCCAGACCCCCUUCCACUCCCUAGGCCACUCCCUAAACCACUCCCCUUCCACUCCCUAGGCCACUCCCUAGACCAUUCCUCAAGCUUGACACUCCCUAGACCAUUCCUCCUCCACUCUCUUGGCCACUCCCCCAGCCACUACCUAGACCACUCCCCCUGUCACUCCCUGGUUCACUUCCCUUGCUACUCCCUUUGCCACUCCCAAGACCACUCCCCCAGCUACUCCCUUGACAUAAUAUAGACAACUCCCCCUUCCCUUCCUUGACCAAUCCCCUAGCCACUCCGUAGACUACUACUCUGCAUCUGCCUUGGCCACUCCCUAGACCACUCCCCCUGCCUCUCCCUCAGCACUCAGUUGACCACUUCUUGUGUCACCCCCAAGACCACUCCCUGCAGCCACUGUAUCUUCCACCAUGCAGGAGUACCUGGAGAAGAAACUGACCACAGCACAUGAUACGGGGAGCAGAACCAACUUCAAGGAAAAGGCUAUAGGUUUUGUCUCUGCAGUAGGAUUUGUAUGUCUUCUGCCUUUGUUGCAUAUAGGUGUAUUUUACAAGCAUAUCUGGGUCCCUGACAAGAAAAAGAUCAUUGACAGAUAUGCCUGUGACUGCAGUUGUUUUGACACAAUAUUCAGAGGGCGCUAUGAAUACCCUGUCAGCUCAUAUAAACAUGUCUAUUUCAAUGCUACGAGUAACACCUUCUAUAUCUGGACGCUGACUGUGCUGGUGCUGUUCCUGACCUAUGAUGCCAUCAAGUAUUUGGUCGGGGUCCUGCGGCGUGGAACAUGUCGUAGGAGAUGGCUGUUUACCCUCCUAGUAUCCGUGUACCCUCACUACUACUCCUGGUGGUCCUACUUCAACUACUGGAACGAGGACUUCUACCAGCAUUGGGCACACCACAUGCUGUUUGCUGUCACAGAGUUGGUGUCCACGGUUGUUGUUCUGAACCUGUGUGACUCCGGCCACAGGGUGAAGACGUGGAAGCUACUGGCGGUCUUCAGUAUCAAUCUGGCCCACAUCCUCAUCAGCGGCAUAGACCAGUUCAUAGAGCACGUGGUUUUCUCCAAGGGGUUUGCCUUCCAGAGUUUGCGGGAUGUGGGGCUGAUGCUGCCGGAUAUAGUCCAUGUGGCCGUCCCUGUCUGGGAGCUGAACACCUGGGCACGCUCUAAACACAGCACUGUCUGGGAACUCUUCUAUAGAGAGGAGCUCAUGAUGGCUGCUCUUUUUAUUAUACUGUUUUCUAUAUUUGGAACUAUUAUUUAACAUUAGACAGGCUACAAAAUGGAGAGUUUGAAGAAAGAAAAUCAUGUCUGCUCUAUUUAUUAUACUGUUUUUUUUUUUAAUAUAUUUGGAACUAUUAUUUAACACUAUACAGUUUACUGGUAUAUGUUUAUUGAGCUGUAAAUUAUCAUUCCAUGUAGUAUUUAUUGGUUGAUUUUUUAUUGCCAUUAACUGUAGCCCUAGAAGGACUUGAUUGGUACAUGUAGAUUUAAGAAUUUUAAAACAUUGGUUGGAAAUCCGCACCUCGAAAAACUGUAUUAUAAAAUUCUGCUAUGAAGAUAUUAACAAAAAUUUUGAUUGGAUUUGGUGUUUACGGAAUGAACUGGAAACAAUUGGCUUGUCAUUUAUUUUUUACGAAAAUAUUUCAGAUAAUUUUAUACUGUCUUUGAUAGAAGAAAGAUUGAAAGAUAAUUUUGGACAAACAUUGACUGGGGAAAUAUCCACAGGGUUUAAGGGUUAUUUUACCAACAUCUUGUUGACAGUUUUGCAGUGCAAUUCUAGUUGAAUAAGCCAAUAUCACAGAAAUACAAGGUAUUUAUUGGUAAAUUUAGACAUUCGUCACGUAAUCUAGCUGUAUAAACUGGAAGGUAUACAAAUGCAAAUAAAAAUUAAGAACUUAGAAUUUAUGCAAUUUCAAUGAUAUUGAGGAUGAAUUUUAUUUUAUUCUUAAAUGUUCUUGCUGCAGUGCGAUUAGGCAGAAAUACAUAAAAAAUUAUGGAAACCAAGCGUUUUCAAACCAAGUAAAUUGUUAUCAGUUAACAAUGUUUCACAGUUAAACAACUAAGGAAAGUACCUAAAAUAUGCAUAGAAAUUAAAUUUAGCAUCAAUCUGAUGAGUUAUUAUUAUUAGUAGUAGUAGAAGUAGUAGUAGUAUUGUUGUUGUUGUU